CGUUUUACGGAAACGGACCGAAGCAACAUGACAGCUGAGGAAGACCUGGAUGUGACCGCGGGAGCAGAACGAGAUGAAGAGGCCAAACUGCAGGUGUUAAAAGGUGCAGCAUUUCUGACUACGGUGGCGUCCGCAGGGAUGAUCGCAGGAUUCGGCUCCACAUUGGCGCUCGCCAAGAAGAAAAGCCCGGAGUGGUUCAACAAGGGCGUCACAGCGACGGCGGCAGUCCCGGAGAGCGGCGCAUCUCUGGCCCUCAGAGCUCUGGGGUGGGGCUCGCUGUUCGCCUGGUGUGGAGUAGGCCUGCUCGGCUUCAGCGUGUGGAGUCUCGGCGUUCACAGCCUCCCAGAGUUCAGACAGAAGAUGCAGUCCUUCUUCCCGUCCAUCCCAAAGAGCGACAUAGCUGGAUCUGAACCUCUGGACUGGGAUGCAGUCUUCAAGUCGAAGUGACUCAAAUCAUCAGUGGGGUGAAAUCGAACGU